AAGAGUAUGAUCAUGGAAGAAGAUGAUCAUUACCCACCAUUACCAGGUUUUCGUUUCUACCCAACUGAAGAAGAGUUAAUCUCUUUCUAUCUUCAUCACAAGUUAAAUGCAACCCCCGGUCUAGACACCACCGCAGUCAUUCCUGUUCUUCACGACAUUUUCCAGACCGAUCCAUGGCAUCUUCCAAAUUUGUCGGGGGAGCAGUGUAGGCAGGAGAUGGGACAAUGGUUUUUCUUUAGUCCAAUGCAAGAGAGAGAGGCUGGCGGUUCUAGACCUUGCCGGGUUACGGGGACCGGGUAUUGGAAAGCGACGGGAUCUCCUGGAUAUGUUUAUUCUAUGGAGAAUAAAGUAAUUGGAUUGAAGAAAUCUAUGGUGUUUUAUAUGGGUAAGACUCCUGUUGGGCAGAAAACUAAAUGGAAGAUGAAUGAAUAUAAAGCUAUUUUUCAAGAACCUCCAUCUUCUCCGACUGGUGUUUCCAUUCCUGAGGUUCUCUUUCUCUCUCAUACACGUACAAACAUACUAUGUUUAUGUUUCUAGGUUUUGAUUUGAUUUGGUUGGAUUUGCAGUUGAGGCAUGAGAUGAGUGUGUGUAGGGUUUAUACUACGACAGGAAGUGAACGUGCAUUUGAUCGAAGACCGUUGGCUAGCACCUCCAUGGCCAUGGAAGAAGAAGAAGCUUUGUUUGAAGACCCUGUUUUUUAACUUAAUUAGUUAAGGGGAAUCAAUGAAGAAGAAGACACUAUUUCUACAUCAAUUUGCUUAAUUAUCAACUUUUUAUUUUCAGCAUUUAAAUAAUCCUCUUAGAACAAUAAAAUAUUGAUUCUCUAUUGGGAUUGGAAAUUGCAUUGUCUGUACAACUUAGUUCCUUUUGGACUGUACAACCAGGUCUUGUUUCAUUUGACUUAUUUGAAUAAUUAUUGUAUUAUCUGUACGUGAAAUAAUUAUGGAAAGAAGGUGGAAAGUAGAAA